CAAGCGCACGCUGGGUUAAUACAUCAGACACGAUUUCAGCACGUCAGAACUGGAAUGUCAGUUGAUGAGGCCGUUUUUGGGUCCAUCCUCACUGGGGUUUUGUGGGAUUCUGCUUGAAUUAAAUGACUUCUUCAUUGUUGCCAUCUUAUUAAAAGCUCCACAUGUGACCCUGCCUUCCAUAUACUAUUUGGUGUAUAGGACUUGGGAGGGGGGUAUGUUUUGUUAGUGUGUCUUGGAAGUUUAAUGGGAUUUUUAUCGAGAAAAUGAUACUAAGAUUUUGUGACUUAGCUUGUGUGUUCUGGCGAUUGUAUUUCCUGAUAGCCUUAAUGAAAAUAUCGAAUUAAUGAAAUAUUAAGACGUCGAAGAACAGUGGUCCCCCCCCUUAUCCGCAGUUUCACUUUCUGUGGUGUCGGUUACCUGGAGUUAACCAUAGUCCGAAUAUAUUUAAUAGAGAAAAUUCAGAUUUUUUUUAUUGAGUGUCUCUGAGUUACGUCCUGCUCAGGAUGUAAAUCUUUCUUUGUCUGGCGUAUCUACACUGUAUAUACUACCCUCCUACUUGUCAUUUAGUAGCUGUCUUGGCUAUCAGACGUGUGUGUGUGUGUGUGUGUGUGUGUGUGUGUGUGUGUGUGUGUGUGUGUGUGUGUGUGUGUAAAUGUUUUUAUUUUAUUUUUUGGAACUUACCCCCUUUGGAUAAGGGGAGACCACCGCAUUCUCAAAAAGCCAACACUUCCCAAUUGUGCAGGAUUCUAAAAGAAAACACUUCAGCUGUGCAAAUCAAUGUUAAUGACAAUUCACGCAUUAAUGAUAAAUUCCAUUUUUGAUGUUGGUUUUAUAUUCUUUGCUUUGGUUGAAUGGCUUUCACCUGUGUGCUGGCUAUGAUAGGCCUGUUGGACAGUAUUCUGGGGUGGAGCUUCAGCAUGUAUGCUGGUGUAAAUACACAAUCGACUCCCCAGUCCAUGCAAACCUACAGCCUUUUUAUCAUUGUUUUGUCGUCUUUUUGUGUUUGUUUGUUUGUUUCUGUAUUCUCUAUUGUGUACAGUAAAUGCAGCAUAUUGGGGCAUGAGGGCCCAAUCUUCCCUGAAUGAGCCCUUGGUUUCUCUGAUUUUAGUUUAGUGACUGAUGCUUCCAGUGCCAGCUACUGGUAUUGAAAUUCCCUGUGAUGACCGUUGAUUUGCAGAUACGGCUUGAGUAAGUUCAGUGUCGCAAAUUCAGUGAAAGUAUUGCCAAUCUGCUUGCUUAUUGUUUUUCCUUGUGAGUCGCCUAAAGUACCUGCUUGUAAACGCACUUCUCAGUAAGGUAAGGUGAACAGUUUAAUUUUUAACUCCGGUUAUUCCUCCAGCCUGGGAUUUUCGCAUCAUUUCUUCCAGUUGUUUUAUUUCCUGGUAAUUGCAGUUCAGUUUAAGUUCACAUAGGUUUGAUUUGCAAUGUGAACACGGGAAUCUCCCUGUUAGAAGCACUGUAAUUAUGCUGAUUUUUGUUCAUUGGAUACCAUCUGGUGAAACCAAAAGUCUGUUAUUCAUUUUAAUCUGUCGUUUAGCACUGCCAAAUAUUUAAUAUACAAUUUUUGAGUUGAGUAAGAUAUGGAAAACAAAUGAAGUGUUGAUUAUGGGUAGAAGGUGACCUUGAGUCAGGGGCCUGGAACUGUUUUGAGGGAGCGCUCCCAAGGAAGCCCUCCAGCCCGCGUCCGAUUUGUGAGCAUUGAAGAGGCUGACGCAGACAUGCCCCUGUCGACUUGCCAAGGGUGGGUCAUGUCAUCCUGCCCGGCCUAGCUCUGGGUGACAUUUGCCCCAUGGAUCAUUGUGUUUGACAUGUUGGCUCUUCCUGAUCGGGAAGGCGUCCUCCAGUGAUAUCUCGGGAGAGUCUGCACGUAGUAAUCUCCCAGUCUUCUGUCAGGAAUUAAUGCCGCGCAAUCAUGGUUUUCCAAGUGCCUUUUUCAUGGAAAGCGUCACACCAGGCUGGUGCCUGCUGCUCUUCGUCGGAAUCAUGGUCAGCUGCCCCCCAGUCCCUGUCCCAUUCGCUCGGCUGUCGAGCUUCAGCGUGUCCCAUGAGCCACGCUGGCACGUCCCACACCAGCAGCAUUACACCCUGCCAAGUUUCCCUUUCAGAAAUUUUCCGAAUGACGCCGGGUGGUGGCAGCCCACAUCGGUCCGGAAGCGCGGCCUUCGUGCCCACGCACUCUCGAAAGCUGCAUGUGAGAUUGGGACUGCCCCUGCUUACUAACUCUGUUCAUGAUGCUGAUCCAGAAUCAGUUCUUUGUUGGUUUACCGGACUUGCCAUAUAACUGUAAAAUUUAGUUCCUUAUCAGUAUGCAUACACAGUAUGAUUAGUGGUUGCUCAUCAGGACUGGUUUAACUGCAGCUCUGUAGAAAGGUCUUUGUUUACUUGUAUCUUACCGAUGCUUAUUUUGACAACCUCUGAUUACUCAUAUCCUGCAACUGUGCCAGACAUGUGACAUACAAGAAUCUGGCUCAUUAGUAGGUUUUUACUUGUUUCAAGUUCUUCUUUGUACAAUGGUGACCUGAUCUUUAAUUCGUUUAUUUUUGUUUGUAUCUGAAAUGCAUUCUUAUGAAUGCAGUAUGGAUGGUACAGUGGCUCAGGGCUGACAUCUUUGAGGUCCCCAUUUGGAUAACCUCAGUUUUAUAAAAAUCUGUGAAUGUAGUCGAAAAAGUAAAAAUGCCAAAGUCUUGUGUUUGGGUUGGUUACUUAUGGUUAAGGUUAGGGCUGGGUAGAAGUUAAGGGUGUCGUGAUUGGGAUUAGGGUUUUUCCCCAUAGAAAUGAAUGGACGGUCCCCAUGUGAGAGAGAGAGAAUUUGCACAUGCCACUUGUUACAUGGAUUUCCACCAGGUACUCUGGCUGCAACUUUCAGUCCAAAGGCUUUUACCUUGGCUAAUUGGUGUCUAUGUUGCCAGUAGUGCGUGCCUGCCCACUGGUAGGCUGGCAUCUCAGCAUGCUUUGUACCCUUUGCUCUCUGGGCGAAGCUCCAGGUCCUCCCUCACCCAGUCCAGAAUGAGUAGCUGGAAGAUAGAUGGGUGGAUAAACCUUACUUUUGUAGUGAAUCUGAAGUCUUACUCUGUGUUGAAUGAGGAAAAAAAACGGCUCAUGUUAAAGGCAGACAUAGGAAAGUUUUUCUCUCUUGCACAUUGUUCUGUUUUUUUGCUUUUUAAGCGGACUAGGGCUAGUGUCAAGACUAUAUGACUAGUGUCAAGUAUUUGCUCGAAUGGUAACAGCACUGCGGCAGAGAUUAGGCAGAGUUUCCUCUCUUGGCUCAGUGUUCUUUGACACGGAAAUGGGGUGGGUGGGGCGACAUUACUGAACACGCUUACAUUCCGGCAAAGUCUUUGUCACAUCCAUCUCAGUCGAAUAGCACAUGGCUUGUCCUGCUUGGGACUUUGAAUAAUGAGGACUGGUUUUCGCUGAUCCCAGUAUGGAGAUUUACUGGUACAUAAUCGUCAUUAUUUUCAUCAUCAUAAAGAUUUUCUUCUACAUCUGCUGGUACCGAUCGCGGCAGAGGCAGCUGGCAGCCUACCUUAGCAACCCCCGCAAUGCGCAGAUCGUCAUCGUUGGAGGCAGAGCCUACCUGCACCAGAUGUGCGAAAGCCAAAAUACGUCGAUCUGGCCCAGCUGGUACGGUGUCCAGGAUGACAGCUCCGUCGGCGAGCCUUCCGCAUCGCUGCCGCCCGCGCCGUCGUACACUCAUCUGGACGUGCCUCCUCCAUACGAAGCCGUCUUGGGAAGCGACGACCUGAAGCCUCCACCAUACAGUGAGUAUGCCCAGAGCGAUGCCGUGGGCGAAUCGCGAGCCAUUCUCAUCCCCGAGAGCUGCGAGCCCGGCAGCAUCUGUGACGCGCCCCCUCCAUACUCGCUCAGCGCUAGCGCCAGCGCUGCACCACAAGAGAACGCGUCGACCCGGGACCUGCAGACAGAAGAGGGCCCUCAAACGGCAGGCUCGCAUCACUAGGCCGCUGUUCUUUGCACUAGUGACUGCCUGGCAGAUACGUGCCACAUGCGUACGGCCUGGAUCCUGUUCCCUUCAGACCAUGUCGAAAAGACGACCGCUAGAUUUUGCAGAGUUGUUUUCCUGGAAUGCUGGCCUUUGCCAAAGGAAUACUACCAAGCUUUUGGGAAGGGGGGCAGUGGGGGAUUCAGAUGUCAGUCACAUUUUUCAAAGCAGUGUUUUUACAAAAAAAAAAAAAAAAACAAACAAAAAAACCCCUCCAUGCUUUUAUGCCCCCUCUCCCCCCCAAGUGAACGUCAUGUAAUUAUGUCUCUUACUGAAUUUCUAGUUUGAUUUUUUUUUUCUUUCUUAAUUUGUGUAUACUGUGUUUUGCCUCAUGCAAUCAUCAUUAUGUUUAAGAUUAUCAAAAUAUAAUGCAGUUUCUUGUACGUGUUUGCCAUGGAGAAACAAUCUGAACCAGAGAAGAAAUAAUACCUUCUGAAUGCAGUUUGUGCUGAAUCGUGCCUAUAGGCUUGUAUGAAUCCUGUCUAUAAGUAGCCUGUUGGUAUCUGUGGACAUCGGGUGUGCACACUCUACCCUGCGCUUUCCUUCAGUGAGGAAGGCCUGGCUAACGACACUGUUUUUGGGAGAGUGUAAUGCCAUCUUGUGUACCAAAACGACAAUAGUAAACUCCUGUGAUCUCUGAAGUGGACAGUCCUGUGCUCUAUGGAUCGUACAUUUUGAAUAUAAGAGGAUAACUUGACGUUUCACUGUAGUAUUUUGAAUAAUAUAUUCAUGUGCUCAGUAAUAAUAGUGGUAUGAUUUGGAAGCUGUCCCGUGAAAUUAGCUCAUAAAUCUGAGAUGUCUUGCGUCUGGGGGAAAUGACACAGGGAUCAAGCUGGUGUACGGAUGGCUUGUCAUGCAUUACAUUACAUUGCAUUAUGCUUGUAGACGCAUUUUGGAGACGUAAUAGACUGGUGUGUUAUAUUACAUAGACAGUUUGGAAGUUGCUAACGAAUGUAGUUAUAUCUUUAGGUAUCUUACAAAAGCAUGUGGGUCAUUCUGUUUUUUUAUUUUAUUUUAUUUAAAAAAAAAGUCAGUCAGUUACAUGGGUUGAUUGCUGUAACACAAUGUACAAUGUGAAUUGGUGGUUUAACUCCUGAGGUCAUAUUUCAUAUCAAAAUUGCAGUAAUGGGGAAUUUUUAAAUAUUUAACCUGAAUUCUAACAAAGCCAACUUACUUGGAUAUAUUUUUAUCAUUUGUAAACUUGCAUUUAGUAUUUGUUAGUGCAUUCAUGUCGCUUGCACAAUAACUGUUGAACAAUAUGUAAAACAUAAUUGUCUUCCUUUACGAAAUAAGAGGGGGCUACCAAUUCCAUUCGUCUUUGUUUUGGCAAUAAUUCAGCAUAAUUACAUCUACACCCCUUUUUCCAAGCUUACAGUAGUAUCUAAGCAUGUCAAAGUAGCAGUAGUGUUUUAGUAGACUGUCAGAAGGCCACAGUUUGAUCAGCCAUGUUCCAGCUGUUUGAAUUCUGUAUGUAUAUCCACUUCAGGCUGAAUUAAAGGCUGCUGAUAACUUGUUUUAACCUUGGGCCACCCUGCUAUUUUAUGAAGUUGCAGCCCCCACACAGAAGUAUAUGCACUUUUUGAAGUGUUUUCUUCCUGUUGCAUAUAAUACAAUGCAAAAGAUACAUAUCAGAAGAUAUGUAUCUUUUGCAGCCACAAUGGCUGUUAAGUUGGAGAAGUGGUCAGUAUAUGCGUACAAUUCAUGAGGCUUGGGAAAAAAAAAAAAGCAUCUUUAUAUUAAAAUCUUUACGGAAAUAAGACCAAGGUCUCUACUUUUCAGCACAAAAUUCAAAAGGUGAUAUGUAAAUUUUUAGAGCUUCUGUACCCAUGCAUAGGCUACACCAGUAGUCCAUCCAUCCAUCCCUCCAUCCAUUUUCUGUAACCAGUUGUCCUACUCCGGGUGGCAGGGUGUCUGAAUCCUAUCCCGGAGGCUACGGGUGCAAGGCAGGGAACAAGCCAGGAUAGGGCGCCAACCCAUCACAGGGCACACUAGUCCCCAACUAUUUCUCUCAGAGGACCAAAGAGUGUGAUACUUGGGGGCACAAUUUAAUAAUUUAAAGACAACGGUCUAUUUCUUGGGGUGAUCAGUGAAUCCAAAUUAAAUACAAAAAUUGUAUGUUUGUCCAGACUUCUCCAGCUGGUUGUCCUUGGACUACGCGAAAAAACAACGGUCAGCUUAUGCCGUUUAGCAAGACGUACAUCAAGUGAAUGACGUCAUUGCUUUGAGACGUUAGCUGAGCUGAAGCUGUUCAGCCUGGAGUAAAGGAGACAAAUGGCGUGACCCAGGUUUUAUAAGAUUCUAACAGGUCUGGAUACUGUUCAACCAAAUAGUUGUUUCGAUAUUAAUUCAAACACGGGAAGCCAUGGCCAUAGGUGGAAAUUCGCGGAAGAACAUUUUAAACUGGAUUUGUGAAGACACACGGCGUAGAGUGUGAAAUAGUCUUCCUGUUAGUGUGGGGCAAACUAAAACCUUGGGUUUCUUUAAAUCAGACAUCGUUACGAUUUUAACUUUACGCUAUUAGUUGCCUUCUCCCCAAACCAGGGUUACCAUAUUUUAUUAUAAUUGUGAGACGGAAAAUAUGACGUGUUUGGUGAUAAGAAUAUUAAUGAGUUUUCACGUUCACAAGCCAAUCGGGUGGCGCCUCUUUAAUAAAUAUUCCAGAAUUUCCCGUAAACCACUGACAUACAACAACAGAUAGUGGCAUCAUAUGACACCUAUUCAAAUAGACUCGACAUGGUAUAAAACACAUAUUUGCUCGUUUUAAAUUUUACACUCGUCUCAACUUGUCCUUAAAGUCACAUAAAUUUCAUUUUAUGCCAUUAUAUUCUGACCACAGUCUAGAAUAAUGAACCCUUGAAUCAAUUCUGGUGUCAAAGUCGGUUUUCCCAUAGUCACUAAUAUGUAUAAAUCGAGCUAAAGUUCCAAAAGAACUCUACAGAGGUAACGAUACUUGAUUGCCUGUUUUAUUCCCUGAAACAAACAACAGCUCGACAUAUUACAAGCAGUUUCGAGCGUAAUCAUUUUUAAAUGACAUAAUCAUUUUUGUGACAAAAAAAAUCGUGUGGGCUGUUCAUGUCGCAAUACAAAUAUCAAAACGAAAGCUGAUCAUCCAGAAGCUCGAAACACGGGGAAGACAGACGCUGGACCUUCAGGUACACAGACACACGGAACCUGAAAAGGAAAUAGCACCGCCAUUAAAAAGAAUCACGACUUGCAGGCAUCGUCGCCCGCUGAGAGAUCUGAACGGACAAGAAAACCCUAAGAAAAUGGCUAAAAAGGAGGUUAUCGCGAUUGGAUUAGAGCUGCGAACUAUCGGAGACCUUAUCGACCUGAAGUGCAAGAUCGCCAAUCUUGUUUUAAGAGGAAAAUCUGCAAAAGAAGAUCAUGAAGCGAAACCGAGGAUAAACGUGAAAACGAACGAUUCUGCAGAGCAAUGACAUGCCACCUUAAAAUGACAUAAGUGCUUUCGUAUAAUUACUCGACUUUGGUCAGAAGAACUAAACGUAAAAUGUGGAGUUUUUGGUGCAAACAACUGUACUGUCGGAACCAACAUGAACUACACUGGAUUAAUAUUAAUGCUCAUCCAUCCAUUUUCCAAACAGCUUAUCCUACUGGGUCGCGGGGGGUCCGGACCCUAUCCCGGAAGCGAUGGGCACAAGGCAGGGAACAGCCCAGGACGGGGGGCCAGCCCAUCGCAGGGCGCACUCAAAACCAUUCUAAUAUUAAUGUUUACGUUGUAAAUUUACGCUUUCAAUGAAAGAAUCCGUUUCUGUUUCCAAACGUAGCUCCAAGUAGCUACCUCGAACAUUUUUCAUCCAUCUCCCAAACCGCUUAUCCUACUGGGUCGCGGGGGGUCCGGAGCCUAUCCCGGAAGCGAUGGGCACAAGGCAGGGAACAACCCAGGACGGGGGGCAGCCCAUCGCAGGGUGCACUCACACACCAUUCUAAUGUUAAUGUUUACGUUGGAAAUAUUUAAGGAAAGAAACCGUUUCUGUUUCCAAACGUAGCUCCAAGUAGCUACCUCGACCAGUUUUCAUUUUUGUUUUUAAAACUCAUUUUGGCAUUUCUCUUUACCAUAAUUUUGUUGUUGCCCUACGAUAGACUGGUACCAUGUGCGAAAUGUACACCCCAAACGUGACUGCGACGAAUGACUGUUGCUGUUCUAGUAUUUUUGAUGAAAAAUUGUUAAAAUGUACAAGUUUUGUGUCGUAUUUGGAAUAUUUUUAAGUAUAAUUGUUAUUUCAAAUAUUCUAUGAUUUUAAAAUUGUAAAAAAAUUAUCGGGGUUUACAGUUUUAAAUUGUUACACUCGUGGUUAUUUAUUGCUUAAUUUUAUUCUGUGCAUUUUUUUAAUCGGAGAGCGUGGGUGGAUAAUUGUACUCGCAUGUUUCUGACGUUUGGGUGACGAGUUAAAACAUUUGUGCUGUUGCUGAUAACUUGAAAAUACAUAAAAGUUUUAUUUUUUUUAUAACAGGGGCAUAUAAGAAGCUUUAUUUAGCAAUUUGUAAUAGCCAUUUUGAUUAUUUAUUGUGUAUGCUGACGAGGCAGUUACGUAAUUGCCCCAUUGUGAUUAUUUAUUACUUUAUUCUAUGUAUCACAUUGAUAGGAGUGUAAUUCAUACGUCGGCUUAUACAACUAUUCGAAUAUAAUGGUCUAUAUUCAAACUUUUAUGGCUGUUACGUAUUAUUAUCGCACUUAUUUAAAAAUAAAAAUAUUUAACACUGUGAAUACUGUUUCCUGUUUUUGUCGAUCCAAUGAUACAACCUUGUACAGCAAGUAUAUUGUUGUCUAGACAACAAUUCGGCGGAACUAUUAUACAGUUACAUCGCUUUCAAUACGGACGAAUUUUGUUGCUGGACUCAAGAGCUACAUGUGCUAGCCGAGUAGUUUGACAUCUAAGAUUUUUUGUUAUUGGGAAUAGGAAUUUUUCAGUUUUGCCCCGUUGUUUCUCAAUCCUCAAAACUUUACAAUUGUAUAGGAUUGAAUCACAGAUGAAUUGUUAUAUGUGCAACUGUUGUAUUAUGGGGAUUCCUUUUUUGGGAAACAGUAUUAAUGAAAACCAGCGGUGAAUGUCAACGAGCUCUCAACUUAACGGCUAUGCCACGGCUCAGUCGAGACGCAAGUUCUGUCAAGGAGGACAUAGCGCCGAUCGAUGGCAGCAGCAGACACCGCUGGGGCUUGGUUGUAACAGGCUUCGUCGGAGGAACCCUCGUUGCGCUGUACGCCAUCGCAACGCCGUUUGUAACGCCCGCAUUCCGAAAAGUGUGCCUUCCCUUCGUGCCGGCCACGCCGGCCCAAAUCAAUAACGUCCUGAAGCUCCUCCGAUACCGGACUGGUACGCUGGUGGACAUAGGAAGUGGAGACGGCAGAAUUGUGAUAGCAGCUGCCAAGCAAGGCUUUCAGGCAGUUGGCUUCGAGUUAAAUCCGUGGCUGGUUUGGUACUCAAGGUACAGGGCAUGGAGGGAGGGGGUCCAUCACAACACCGCCUUCUACAGAACGGAUUUAUGGAAGGUAAAUUUUUCUCAGUACUCCAAUAUUGUGAUAUUUGGCGUCCCACAGAUGAUGGUGCCGUUGGAGAACAAGCUGCAGUUGGACCUGUCGGGUGCCGCCAGGGUGGUGGCCUGUCGCUUCCCCUUCCCUACGUGGGAGCCCGAUGCCGUAACCGGGGAGGGGAUAGACGCCGUGUGGGCGUACGACUCCAAGUCCUUCAGAGAGCCACGGGCAGCGAUGGGAGCUGCCAAGGGCUGCGGGGACCUAAAAUCCUAAUUGUGCUUCCCUGGCAAGCAGCUAAAACCUGGCUCAUCCAUUGAAAGUUACCUUGACUUGUACGACAGUAAUCCUUGAUAAAACAUUAAGAGUGAGCAUCAGAUCACUCCCUAUAGGGCUUAUCUAACAGCAGACACAAAUUCUGCUCUGGGGAGCGUGUAGACAAUGUCAGUAAAUGCUCCCUGGGACAGCCCCCCCCCCCCCGAUCAGUUUGAGCGCCAGUCAGUCGUGUCCCUCAUCCAAACUGACCAAAAUACCCCGCUUCAAAUACUUGACACAUUGCAUUUCUGAAGCCUGGAAAGAAGCUCUUUGAUUCAUUGGGCCAAAGAUCCAUGAUACCAUCCAGGAGUAGCUGUUGAUCACCUUCUCUGACACCAAGUACGUUUCAUUUUUGAAGAGCUACACAGAAGGAGAAAAGUAAUAAAUGACAUCGCCUGUGA